AUGCCUAAUUAUGAACUUCGGUCUGGUGGUGAUGUCAAGAACAAGAAGCAGAGUGUCGCUGAUCUGAAGUAUCGUCGUUUGACUGAACUCAAUGCUCGUCUGAAGGAAGACCUUGACCGUCCACGUGUGAAGGUUUCCGAGGCUGCUCUUUCUCUCAUCAACUACUGCAGCAACACUCGCGACUUCAUGGUGCCGGCCGUAUGGGGAAAUGUUGACAAGCGUGAGGACCCCUAUGCUCCUCAGCAACAGAGCGGCUGCUGCACGGUCAUGUAA